AUGCCCUCUAUUAAGUUGCAGAGCUCUGAUGGAGAGAUACCUGAAGUUGAUGUGGAAAUUGCCAAACAGUCUGUUACUAUUAAAGCCAUGUUGGAAGAUUUGGGAAGAGAUGAUGAAGGAGAGGAUGUCUCAGCUCCUCUCCCAAAUGUCAAUGCAGCAACAUUAAAAAAGUUUAUUCAGUGCUGCACCCACCACAAAGAUGACUCCCCUCCUCCUGAGGAUGAUGAGAACAAAGAAAAGCAAACAAAUGAUAUCCCUGUUUGGGACCAAGAAUUCUUGAAAGUGGACCAAGGAACACUUUUGGAACGGAUUCUGGCUGCAAGCUGCUUAGACGUCAAAGGUUUGCUUGAUGUUACAUGCGAGACUGCUGCCAAUAUGAUGAAGGGGAAAACACCCAAGGAGAUUCAUAAGACCUUCCAUACCAAAAAUGACUUUACUGAAGAAGAGGAAGCCCAGGUACGCAAAGAGAACCGGUGCUGUGAAGAGAAGCGAAAGGCUCUGCCUGACCCUGUAACACUGUCAGAAUUGUUCCAAGUACGAGUUGCACAGCUCUGUUUCUGA